GCACAGCACAAAGUCCAUGCUAAAUCACCCAUUUAAUAUUUCGAUUUCAGAACAGUUCUGACAGUGACAAGGAAGGGGAGUAAACAGAAGCCACUAGUCUGCAGAACAUUCCCGUGAAUUCCAAAUCAAAGCUAUAUUUAAUAGAAGUGGAAGAUCAGAUUACAACAGUUGCUAUGGCAUUAUCACUAUGCUGAAGAGAAGUACUUGAGAAAACUUGGAACCCCUGCCAAUAACAAAUUGAGACAGAGAACGAGCAGCUGAUAACACAGGUGUCUAGUUUUAGAACAGGACCUGUGGACACUCACUAAAGGUGCAAUGGAUGAAAAUGGCAGAGCAGACAUGGAAGGAGAAGAUCUCGGUAAUGUGGAAGAGGAAACCGAAGUAGAUUCUCCAAAUAGUGUCUCCAAAGGGGACCAUGAGCAGUCUCUCUCUCCCCCACUGGUAUCUAUUAACAAAGACACAGAAGUCAAAGGUCAGAGGCGGCGAGGAGCGACGAAGAGACCGAGCCUAGUGCCAGGAUCGCCAAAUACUGUGUCUUCUCCUACUUCAAUGAUUCCGCCUACAGGGAAAAAAAAUAUUGUGCUUUCCAAUGAGGCAAGAAAAGAAAUGGCCAAAUUAGCCAAAGUCACAAAAGAUGAAAGGAGAGCACAACUUGAUUCUAGACACAAAUAUUUAAUCUCCAAACUGGCUGAUGGAAUUGGCAUUGGUGAUAAUGAAGUGGAAGAAUUUCUUAUAUCGGAUGACAAGUUCAACUUAAUAGCAGAUUUCUUUGCUGCAAAUGGAUCAAAAAAGCUAAUUUUCUUUUACCAAGAAGUUGCCCAGCCAAAUAAGAAAAAUGUUUCCAUGUUGGCAGAUGGGGCUAACUUAAACACAUCCUAUUCAGCUUUACAGAAGAAGCUAUUUAUCACGAUGGGCUCCACUGAGUGUCUGACAGGUACUUGCCUUUUUUUCCUGAGGACCACAGAAAAGGCAAUCAGUACUUCCAACAUUUCCCAAGAGGUAAACUUCAGUAUGUUUGAGUGUACAAAUGGCAACAUUCUCCAGGGUCUGGAAAUCCUAUUCGCUAGUAUCUUGGUGCCAUCACUUAAAUGCCAAGAGAAUUGGGGAGCUGUGAAGGAGGGUGUGGAGAACCUGCAAAUUCAAGAGUUUUUAGACUCCCUGGAUAAAUUUGUGGCAACGUUAUCAUCGGCAAGGAACAAUCUGGAAGGAAAAAUUGAACUUAAGAAAGUUGACAUAGGAAAUUUCCUUGACAACAUGAAUGAUCCUUCAGAUUUUAUAAAUGCAGGGAGUAACAGUGAAACCAUUGAGAAGUUGGAGAAAAUGCUGACAGUAUGGAUUAAACAGAUAGAGCAGGUCCUUGCAGAAAGUGAGCAGAUGAGGAAGGAAGCGGACGACAUAGGUCCCUUUGCUGAGCUGGAACACUGGAAGUCGCGGAUGUCAUCAUUUAACAGUCUUUUAGAUGAAAUAAAAAGUCCCAAAGUGAAGAAAGUUCUAAGCAUUCUACAAGCUGCAAAAUCCAGGAUUCUGAAGCAAUGGAAAGAAUUGGACUGUAGUGUUACAAAUGCUGCAAAUGAAGCCAAAGAUAACGUGAAAUAUUUGUAUACUUUGGACAGGUUUUUUGGUCCGCUUGGAAAAGCCUCACCUGCAACAAUGGUUGACCACAUCCCAAGUUUAAUGAACAGCAUCCGAAUGAUCUACUGCACAUCACAGUAUUACAACACAUCGGAACAUAUGACUUCUCUGUUCCUCAAAGUCACCAAUCAGAUUGUGAGCACAUGCAAGAGUUACCUAAACCAAGGAGUGGUGAAGGUCUGGGACCUUGAGAGAGAAGAACUUCUGAAGAGGAUCCAGGAAUGCGUCUUCCUUAAUGAACAGUAUCAAGCAUCCUUCCAUAGGGUGAAAGAGAAGUUAAGAGAAACCCCAAAUGAAAGACAGUUUGAAUUUAGUGAGAAUUAUAUAUUUGGCAAACUUGACACAUUUUGUAAGCGUCUGGAGAAGAUAUCAGAUAUGAGCAAUAUUUUGGAAAGCCUUACUGAUCUUCAGAACAUAAGAACCGAAGGAAUUGAAAAGAUCAGCAUCCGCUAUCAAACAAUUGUCACCAACACCAAGGCAAAGUCAUAUGAUGUCCUGGACCACCGAAAGCAAGAAUUUGAUAAGGACUACAUGGAAUUCAAAAAUCAAAUUGAGGGCCUUUACCAGUCCCUUCAAGCAUUUGUGGAUUCAUGGUUUGAAAAGCCACUUACUACGGAGCAGAUGGUAAACCUAUUGAUGAAAUUUGAGCGCAUUGGCAAAGACCAUCUUGACUUUGCUGAAAAAUAUAUGGUUGUUCUACAAAGAUACAGUCGGGAUUUAGACAUGGUUCGAAGACUCUAUCAAAAACAAAAGGAAAACCCACCAACACCUCGAAACAUGCCCCCAAUAACAGGAAAGAUUAUGUGGGCUCGGCAACUCUUUCGAAAAAUUGAUCAGCCAAUGAAAUUCCUCAAAACAAAGCCAGAACUAUUAAAGGGUUUAGAAAUGAAAAAGAUAGUUCGGAACUAUAAUAAAAUGGCGUCUGUGCUUAUGGAAUUUGAGCUGCUGUACCACAGAGGAUGGUGCAAAUGUGCCGAAUUAGCCAAGAAUGGACUGCACGCAUCACUGCUGGUUAGACAUCCGGACACAAAGGAAUUAUAUGUAAAUUUAGACCCCAUGGUGCUGGAAGUAUUGUAUGAAACAAAAUACCUACAUAAAAUGGGUUUAGAAGCACCAGAUGUCAUUCUUAAUAUGGGCACAAGAGAGCAGCAGAUUAAAUCACAGCAAAUCAAGCUACAAGAUAUGUUGGUUGACUACAAGACAUUUUCUAAUGGGAUUCCUGCACUGCUGAAGCCUCUGAUGUCACCAUUUAUCACCGAAAUUGAGGAAGUCCUGUCACCAGGCUUGACACAGCUCUCAUGGACCUCUCUGAACAUUGACAAAUAUAUUACCAAUGUUUACAGCUCUCUGAGACAAGUGGAACAGAUUUGUAAAGAAGCAUCUGACACCUUGGAAUGUCGUAUUGAGAAAUUACUGCAGGGCAUCUCUGAAACUGCACUGGUAGAUCUGCCGGAGAAUGAUACUAUUGCAGUCCCGGCAUUUCUGGAGAGGACAGAAAAGGUCAUUGCUGAGGCUGCAGAGACAUUGUCCAUGCAAAGCAAACAAGUGGAACUUUGCUUGUAUGAAAUGAUUGAUGCACUAAAAAGCAAGCUGAAACCAACAGAUAGAAACUGUCUACAGGACUCGUUUGAUUGCGCACACCUUGACGCAAAGCAAAAGACUCGUUGCCAAGAAUGUUUGUCCUGCAGUUACUAUAAUGUGAUCGGCCAUCUGUGUCAGAAAAACACUGAUUCUCUGGUCAAAUGUACCAAGGUCUCGUUAGAUGCAUUAAAGCGCCGCUUGCAUACUGUAAGCACCAAGUACCAGACAACAAAACUAGCCAGGGAUCAUGCCUCCACUCCUCUUUUUAGAGCUGAAAUUCACCUUGCCAUCCCAAAUGUUGUUAUGAGGCCAAGUUUGGAUGAUAUACAAAGUGCUGUGAACAAGGCUAUUAAUAUUAUUCUUUCGGCAACCAAGGAUAUCCCUUUGUGGAAAUUUGCACAUCUUCAUCACAAACAACAGCAGUUGGAACAGAAUGCUGCUAGAGAUUUGGGUGAUGAAAUGACGAAAAUGGUAGUUCUGAAACCUUUGGAUAAACAAAUCAGUGAGCAUAAAGAUGUGGGAAAAGUUGUCAUCCAGCUCAGUACAAUUGUUUUGUCCCUGAAAGAAGAUGCAACUGAUGUUCUUAACAGUUUUACUACCUUUUCUGGAAUUUGGAAUCAGGAUGUUGAGGAAAAGGUGAAGGAAUUUUUGGACACAAACCCAGUAAUGUCUGAAUUUCGAAGUCAGUUGAAUUAUUACUCGGACCUGGAAACCCAAAUAAAUGAACUUCCUGCUCAUUGCAUUGUGGGAUCAGUAGAUUUUUCCACUGAUUUUCUGAAAAUGGCAUUAGUACAGGAAUGUCGUCGGUGGAAGAGGGUUAUCGGCUCUGCCUUAAAUAAAAAAGCUGCCAUGGAUAUGGAUGAGAUUUAUUCCUUUAUUGAUAAUCUUAGCAAAAGAUUGAACAGACCAAUUGAUGACCUUGACGAUGUGCGUGGAUCUAUGGAUGCUCUGAAAGAGAUUAGGGAUUCGGAGAUUAAAAUUGACAUGAUGAUUGGACCAAUUGAAGAAUCAUACGGUCUUCUACUCAAAUAUGAGUUACUGUUCCAAGAUGGCAAUGCAGAGCGAGUGGAUGGGUUGGCCUAUGCUUGGAAAAAUCUUAAUUCACAGGUUGUUCAGACCCAGAACUUACUUGUGAAAGUACAGCCCUCUAUGAAAACAGAUUUACUAGAUGGUGUGAAAAAAUUCCAAACGGAUGCCACUGAGUAUUAUAAAGAUUAUGAUUUGUCUGGCCCAGGAAUAGAAGGUAUUCCCCCAAGGGAGGCAAGUGACAGGUUGCAGAUUUUCCAGGCCAAAUUUGAUGAAUUGUGGAGGAAAUAUACUACUUUUUCUGGAGGAGAAGAACUAUUUGGCCUUCCAAUGACAGAUUAUCCGGAGCUGCAAAGGAUCAGACGUGAAUUGUCUUUGCUCCAGAAACUGUAUGGCCUUUAUAAUGCUGUCAUAGAAAACAUCAAUGGAUAUUAUGAUAUUCUUUGGACUGACCUCGAUAUUGAAAAAAUCAACAAUGAGCUUCUAGACUUCCAAAAUCGAAUCCGAAAGCUGCCAAAAGCUCUGAAGGAGUGGCAGGCGUUUAAUGAUCUUAAGAAGAAGAUUGAUGACUUCAGUGAGAGCUGUCCUUUGCUUGAAAUGAUGGCAAACAAGGCAAUGAUGAGAAGACACUGGGAGAGAAUUGCACAACUUACAGGGCACACUUUUGAUGUUGAGUCUGAAAGCUUCUCCCUAAGGAACAUAAUGGAAGCUGCGUUGCUGAACUACAAAGAAGAUAUUGAGGACAUAUGCAUAAGCGCAGUCAAGGAAAAAGAUAUUGAAGCUAAACUGAAAAAUGUCAUCAAUGAAUGGAGUGCUCACUCCUUUACAUUUGCCCCGUUCAAAACUAGAGGGGAGUUACUUCUGAAAGGAUCUGAUACAUCAGAGAAAAUUGCCUUGAUGGAGGACAGCUUGAUGAUACUAGGAUCCAUUAUGAGCAACAGGUACAAUGCACCAUUUAAACCAACCAUUCAACAAUGGGUACAAAAGUUAUCCAACACAACAGAGAUCAUUGAGAACUGGCUGACGGUACAGAAUCUUUGGAUUUAUUUGGAAGCCGUGUUUGUUGGUGGUGAUAUUGCAAAGCAGCUGCCCCAGGAAGCUAAACGAUUCCAGAACAUUGAUAAGUCCUGGCAAAAGAUCAUGCAGAGGGCACACGAAACCCCAAAUAUUGUACAGUGCUGUGUUGGGGAUGAGACUUUGGCACAGUUAUUGCCACAUUUGCUAGAACAGCUAGAAAUGUGCCAGAAAUCUCUUACUGGAUAUCUAGAGAAAAAGCGACUAGUCUUUCCCAGGUUUUUCUUUGUCUCUGACCCAGCUCUCCUGGAAAUACUUGGGCAAGCAUCUGAUUCUCACACCAUUCAGGCACACCUUCUAAGUUUAUUUGACAAUGUUAACAGAGUGGGCUUCCAUGAGAAGAAUUAUGAUCAGAUUUUGUAUUUUGAAUCUCAAGAAGGAGAACGUGUAAACCUAAUGGAAACUGUCAAUGCUCAGGGGAAUGUAGAAGUAUGGUUAGGGCUUCUUCUUAACGGAGUAAAGAAGACAUUGCACAACAUAAUUAAACAGGCAUCCAUUGCCAUCAGUGACUCUGGAUUCAAGCUGCAUGACUUCCAGUCCAUGUAUCCCGCACAGAUUGGUCUGCUGGGAAUUCAGAUGAUCUGGACAAGAGAUGCUGAGGAGGCGUUAAACAUUUCUAAAAUUGAUAAAAAGGUCAUGCAAACAACUAAUCAGAAAUUUCUUGAUCUGCUUAAUGAUUUAAUUGAUAUGACAACACGAGAUUUAUCAAAGAUGGAGAGGACCAAGUACGAAACCUUAAUUACCAUUCAUGUUCACCAGAAAGAUAUCUUCGAUGAUCUGGUUCGAAUGAACAUCAGAUCUGCUUCUGAUUUUGAAUGGCAAAAGCAGUCCAGAUUUUAUUUUGUUGAAGAUAUUGAUAAGUGCAUCAUUCAAAUCACAGACGUGGAGUUCAGUUAUUGCAAUGAAUACCUGGGAUGCACUGAUCGACUGGUUAUCACCCCUCUCACUGACAGGUGUUAUAUCACUCUGUCUCAAGCUCUGGGAAUGAGUAUGGGAGGUGCUCCUGCAGGCCCAGCUGGAACUGGAAAAACAGAGACCACUAAGGACAUGGGCAAGUGCCUUGGAAAAUAUGUGGUGGUCUUCAAUUGCUCUGAUCAGAUGGAUUACAGGGGACUUGGGCGUAUUUACAAAGGUUUAGCUCAGUCCGGUGCCUGGGGUUGCUUUGAUGAAUUUAACCGCAUUGAGCUGCCAGUCCUCUCGGUGGCUGCACAACAGAUCUACAUCGUCCUGCAGUGCAAGAAGAACAAAAAGACGCAGUUCAUUUUCACUGAUGGGGAUGUGGUUGACAUGGACAGAGACUUUGGAAUAUUUUUAACCAUGAAUCCAGGUUAUGCAGGACGUCAAGAACUUCCUGAGAAUCUGAAAGUCCAGUUCCGAACAGUGGCCAUGAUGGUACCAGAUCGUGCCAUCAUCAUGAGAGUUAAGCUGGCUAGUGCUGGUUUUAGGGACAACCAGAUCCUCAGCCGCAAGUUUUAUACGCUCUAUAAACUGUGUGAGGAACAGUUAUCCAAACAGGUUCAUUAUGACUUUGGGUUAAGAAAUAUUCUGUCAGUCCUCCGUACUCUGGGGGCAGUAAAGAGAUCGAAUCCAAAUGAACCAGAGAAGACUGUGGUCAUGAGAGUCCUUCGUGAUAUGAAUUUAUCUAAGCUGGUAGAUGAAGACGAACCUCUGUUUAUGAGUUUAAUUAAUGACCUGUUCCCAGGAAUUACCCUUGAUAAAGCUGGCUACCCAGAACUAGAAGCUGCUAUUCAGAAGCAGACCGAAGAAGCUGGCCUUAUCCAUCACCCACCCUGGAUUCUUAAACUCAUUCAGUUGUAUGAGACCCAACGAGUCAGACAUGGAAUGAUGACACUAGGACCCAGUGGUGCAGGGAAGACCAAGUGUAUUAACAUCCUUAUGAAAGCCAUGACAGAUUGUGGGGCUCCUCACAAGGAAAUGAGAAUGAAUCCCAAAGCAAUCACAGCUUCACAAAUGUUUGGAACUCUUGAUGUGGCCACAAAUGACUGGACAGAUGGGAUCUUUUCAACUCUUUGGAGAAAAACAUUAAAAGCAAAGAAGGGGGAACACAUAUGGAUUGUAUUGGAUGGACCUGUUGAUGCUAUCUGGAUUGAGAAUCUCAAUUCUGUUUUAGAUGACAACAAAACCCUAACUUUGGCUAAUGGUGACCGUAUCCCAAUGGCACCAAACUGCAAAAUUGUAUUUGAACCUCACAACAUUGAUAAUGCUUCCCCAGCAACAGUAUCCCGAAACGGCAUGGUCUUCAUGAGCUCCUCAGUGCUGGACUGGAGACCAAUAUUAAAGGCUUGGCUCCAAACCCUUCCAGCAGUGCAGCAUGAAACUUUAUGGAAUUGUUUUAACAGUGUCUAUCAGGAUUUGAUCAAUUUUGUGUUUACGGCUGUGAAUGCCAAGAUGCCAAUAUUGGAGUGCAUGUACAUUAAGCAGGCCAUUGACCUCCUCCAGGGUCUGUUGUCUGACAAGGAGGAGAAGCAACCCAGCCCAGAGCAUGUGGCUCGCCUGUUCGUGUUUGCAGCCAUGUGGUCAACAGGAGCCCUGCUAGAAUUGGACGAUCGUAUGAAGAUGGAAAUAUUUCUUCGCAAUCAUUCUGCCUCUCUCGAACUGCCGGCUGUGAAUGGGGAUGAGACGAUUUUUGAAUAUGUCAUUAGUGAACAUGGAGAAUGGGAACAUUGGUCUAAAAGGGUUCCUGAAUAUGUUUACCCGAAGGACUCUGUGCCGGAAUAUGCCUCAAUUCUAGUCCCUAAUGUAGACAACGUUCGGACAGACUUCCUAAUGCAUACUAUUAUGAAACAAGGGAAGGCAGUUUUACUCAUUGGCGAGCAGGGAACUGCAAAAACAGUCAUGAUUAAGAGCUACACAGGCAAGUAUGAUCCAGAAUAUCAUGCAACCAAGUCCUUGAACUUUUCUUCAGCAACCCUCCCAAAUAUGUUCCAGAGGAGCAUUGAAAGUUAUAUUGACAAAAGAAUGGGUACCACGUAUGGCCCCCCGGCUGGAAAGAAAAUGACGGUCUUUAUUGAUGAUAUUAAUAUGCCCAUAAUUAAUGAGUGGGGAGACCAGAUCACAAAUGAAAUAGUACGGCAACUCAUGGAACAAAAAGGUUUCUAUAAUUUGGAAAAGCCUGGUGAAUUCACUAGUGUGGUGGACAUACAAUUUGUAGCAGCUAUGAUACACCCAGGGGGUGGUCGAAAUGACAUCCCUCAGCGCUUAAAACGGCAGUUUACCACAUUUAAUUGUACACUUCCCUCAAACUCCUCCAUUGACAAGAUAUUCCGUACAGUAGCUGAAGGAUAUUUCUGUGAGCAAAGAGGAUUCCCAAUGGAUGUUUGUACAUUGGCAUCUUCCUUGGUGCCGUCCACUCGCAAAAUAUGGCAAGCCACUAAAAUAAAGAUGUUACCAACCCCAGCUAAAUUUCAUUACAUUUUCAACUUGCGAGAUCUGAGUCGUAUUUGGCAGGGGGUCCUCACAGUAACUUCAGAUGUCUGUAAAACCACUGACGUCUUGGUAGCGCUAUUCCAGCAUGAAUGCCGACGAGUGAUUGCUGACAGAUUUGUUGACCAAAAGGAUAAAGAAUGGUUUGAGCACACCAUGCAGAAGAUUGCAACAGAAGAUCAUGGUCAAGAGUUGAUGCAAAGUGCUUUGAAAGAAUCCUACUUUGUGGACUUCCUUCGCGAUGCCCCAGAGGCUACAGGAGAUGAACCUGAUGAUGCUGAUUUGGAGGCUCCUAAAAUUUAUGAACCUAUCCCAUCAUUUGAACAGCUUUCAGAAAGACUUGACAUGUUCAUGCAGCAAUACAAUGAAGCUGUCAGAGGAGCUUCAAUGGAUUUAGUGUUUUUCAAGGAUGCCAUGAUUCAUUUGGUGAAGAUCUCCCGAAUAAUAAGGACCCCACAAGGAAAUGCCCUACUAGUUGGGGUCGGAGGAUCAGGGAAGCAGAGUUUGACCAGGCUGGCGUCAUAUAUUGCCGGAUAUCAGAGCUUUCAGAUUACUCUCACAAGGACCUAUGGGAUAAAUAACCUGAUGGAUGACCUAAAACUCCUCUAUCGUACUGCUGGUCAGAAAGGAAAAGGAGUUACUUUCAUAUUUACAGAUAAUGAAAUCAAAGACGAAUCAUUCCUAGAGUAUAUGAAUAAUGUCUUGGCAUCGGGAGAGGUGUCCAACUUGUUUGCACGAGAUGAAAUCGAUGAAAUCACGCAAGAUCUAAUUCCCGUCAUGAAGAAAGAAUAUCCCCGACGGGCACCCACUACUGAAAACCUCUAUGACUACUUCCUUUCCCGUGUUCGAAGCAAUUUACAUGUGGUGCUGUGCUUUUCUCCUGUUGGAGAGAAAUUCAGAACAAGAGCACUGAAAUUCCCUGGUCUGAUCUCGGGCUGUACCAUGGACUGGUUCCAGCGUUGGCCAAAAGAUGCCUUGGUUGCAGUGGCCCAUCACUUUUUGGCCUCAUAUAAAAUUGAAUGCACGGAUGAGGUGAAGCAUAGUGUUGUUAACACAAUGGGAACAUUUCAGGACAUUGUAGCAGAAAAAUGUGUUGAGUAUUUUGAACGAUACAGGCGACAAACAUAUGUCACCCCAAAGUCAUAUCUUUCAUUCUUGGGUGGCUACAAAUCCAUUUACAGCGAGAAAUUUGAAAAUGUUGGAAAUCUUGCUGAUCGUAUGAAAACAGGCCUUGCAAAGUUGAUGGAAGCAGAGGUUUCUGUGCAUCAGUUGUCAAUAGAGCUAGCAGUUAAAGAGAAAGACUUGGCUGUUGCAUCCAAGAAGGCAGAUGGAGUUUUACAGGAAGUUACUUUGAAAGCUCAAGCCGCUGAAAAGGUGAAGAUGCAGGUGCAAAAGGUUAAAGACAAGGCCCAAGCAAUUGUUGAUGAAAUCGCUAUUGACAAAGCUGCAGCUGAAGAGAAGCUUGAAGUUGCCCGGCCUGCUUUGGCGGAAGCAGAGGCAGCGCUAGAGACAAUAAAGCCUGCUGACAUAGCAACUGUACGUAAACUGGGACGGCCUCCUCAUUUAAUUAUGAGAAUCAUGGAUUGUGUACUACUCCUAUUUCAAAGGAAAAUUGAUUCAGUAACAGCUGAUCCGGAACGGCCAUGUCUGAAACCAUCCUGGGGAGAGGCUCUGAAAUUAAUGAACUACCCAGGGUUUCUAAACACUCUGCUAACUUUCCCAAAGGACUCGAUCACAGGAGAGGUUGUUGAUCUGCUUGAACCUUACUUGGAUAUGGAAGAUUAUAACCUGGAGUCUGCUAAAAAAGUGUGUGGCAAUGUAGCUGGCUUGUGCUCUUGGACACAAGCAAUGGCAUACUUCUAUGGGAUUAACAAAGAAGUUCUUCCACUUAAGGCUAACUUGGCAAUGCAAGGAGCCAAACUAGCUGUUGCCCAAGAGGAAUUGAACAAUGCACAGAGCCAACUCGAUGCCAAACAAAAAGAGCUGGAUGAUGUGCAGGCCAUGUACGAUGCGGCCAUGAGGGAGAAACAGGAACUGCUGGAUGAUGCCGAAGCCUGCAGGAGGAAGAUGAUCAAUGCAACAGCGUUAAUUGAAGGACUGGGAGGAGAAAAGAUAAGGUGGACAGAAAGCAGCAAAACCUUUCAAAACCAAAUCACUCGACUGGUUGGGGACGUUCUUCUGGCCACCGGUUUCCUCUCUUACAGCGGUCCGUUUAACCAGGAAUACAGGGCCCUGCUCAUUCAGCUGUGGAAGAGGGAGAUGAAUGUUAACAAAAUACCAUACAGUGAUGAUCUCAACCUUAUCUCAAUGCUUGUGGAUAAUGCUACCAUCGGUGAGUGGAACCUUCAAGGACUUCCUAGUGAUGAUUUGUCCAUCCAGAAUGGAAUCAUCGUAACAAAAGCAUCUCGAUUUCCUCUCCUGAUAGACCCACAAGGUCAAGGAAAAAUUUGGAUUAAAAAUAAAGAGAAAAACAAUGAGUUGCAGGUAACAUCCCUAAACCACAAGUAUUUUAGAACUCACCUGGAAGACAGUCUUUCUUUGGGAAGGCCUCUCAUGAUAGAAGACGUUGGAGAAGAACUUGAUCCUGCCCUUGACAAUGUUCUGGAGAAGAAUUUCAUUAAAUCUGGAUCAACAUUUAAAGUGAAAGUAGGAGAUAAAGAGGUAGAUGUAAUGAAAGGUUUUACUCUUUACAUUACCACAAAAUUGGCAAACCCAGCAUAUACUCCUGAAAUCAGUGCAAAAACCGCUGUCAUAGAUUUUACGGUAACCAUGAAAGGUUUGGAAGACCAACUCCUUGGACGUGUCAUUCUCACCGAGAAACAAGAACUGGAAGCGGAAAGAGUUAAAUUAAUGGAAGAGGUAACUUCAAACAAGAGGAAAACAAAGGAACUCGAGGACAACCUCUUGUACCGGUUGACCAGCACUCAGGGGUCUUUAGUGGAAGACGAAUCCCUGAUUGAAGUUCUUAGGAUUACAAAGUCAACAUCAGAAGAGGUCAGCGAGAAACUGACUGUUGCAGCAGAAACAGAGGUGAAGAUUAAUACUGCUCGUGAGGAGUAUCGCCCAGUAGCCACACGUGGCAGCAUCCUGUAUUUCCUCAUUGUGGAAAUGAGCCUGGUAAAUGUGAUGUAUCAGACAUCUCUCCGCCAGUUCUUGGGCAUCUUUGACCUGUCCAUGGAAAGAUCUGCAAAAUCCCAGCUCACAUCCAAAAGAAUUGCCAACAUAAUUGAAUAUCUCACCUAUGAGGUGUUCAAGUACACAGCACGUGGUCUAUAUGAGGAUCACAAGUUCCUUUUUACAUUACUGAUGGCAUUAAAAAUAGACUUACAAGCUAAGAAAAUUUCUCAUAAUGAUUUCCAAACAUUUAUCAAAGGAGGUGCAACUCUAGAUCUCAAUUCGGUUGAACCAAAGCCAAAGAAAUGGAUACUUGAUAUGACCUGGCUCAACUUAGUGCAGUUGUCUCGUCAAUCUCCAUUUAAUAAUCUCUUGGGUCAAGUGGCAAGAAAUGAAAAAGCCUGGAAGACCUGGUUUGAUGAAGAAGCGCCAGAAGAAGCUCCUUUACCUGAUGGAUAUGAUAGUUUGCUAGAUACAUUCAGAAAACUUCUUCUUAUUCGAAGUUGGUGUCCUGAUCGAACUAUUGCACAGGCUCGCCAUUACAUAGCGGAAUCCCUGGGAGUAAAAUACGCGGAAGGUUUCAUUCUUGACAUGGAGUCAAUGUGGGCAGAAAGUAACUGUAGGACUCCUCUGGUCUGUUUCCUAUCAAUGGGGUCAGAUCCCACUGAGAACAUUGAACGCUUAGCUAAAUCAAAGAAUGCACCUUGCCGUGCCAUUUCCAUGGGACAGGGUCAAGAAGUCCAUGCCAGACGCUUACUAAACCAGUCAAUGCAGGACGGAGGCUGGCUACUUCUUCAGAACUGUCACUUAGGUCUGGACUUCCUGGAUGAGCUUUUGGACACAAUCACUAUCACAGAAUCUGUACACGAGGGAUUUAGGACUUGGAUCACCACAGAAGUUCAUCCCAAGUUUCCAAUUAAUCUCCUGCAAUCCUCUAUAAAAUUCACAAAUGAACCACCUCAGGGUGUGAAAGCUGGAUUGAAGAGAACGUAUUCAGGCAUAUCACAAGAGUUACUGGAUGUAACUAACAUGUUUCAGUGGAAGCCCCUGCUAUAUGCAGUAGCAUUUCUCCACACAACAGUACAGGAGAGAAGAAAGUUUGGUCCAUUAGGUUGGAAUAUCCCAUAUGAAUUCAACCAGGCAGAUUUUGCUGCAAGUGUGCAGUUUGUCCAGAACCAUUUGGAUGAUAUCGGUACCAAACGUCCUGUGAACUGGAGCUGCUUGCGUUACAUGUUGGGAGAAGUUCAGUAUGGUGGUCGUGUGACUGACGACUUGGACAAGACAUUGCUCAACACAUUUUCUAGAGUUUGGUUCGGUGAUCAUAUGUUUUCUGAUAAAUUCUGCUUUUAUGAAGGUUAUGGCAUCCCUAAAGGGAAAACGAUUGACGAUUUCCUCCAGCAUAUAGAACAACUACCAUUAGUGGACACACCUGAGGUAUUUGGAUUACAUUCAAAUGCUGACAUCACCUACCAAACAAACAUGGCGAAUGAGACAUUAAGCACAAUAGUUAACAUUCAGCCCAAGGACAGUGGUGGAGGAGCCGGUGAGACGCGUGAAACUAUCGUACAACGUCUUGCCACCGAAAUGCUGGAGAAGUUACCAGAGGACUACAUUCCUCAUGAGGUUAAAGCACGUCUUCAAAAGAUGGGCCCAUUUCAGCCAAUGAAUAUAUUUCUAAGACAAGAAAUUGAUCGCAUGCAGCGAGUGAUAGCACGGGUUAGAAGUACACUUACUGAUCUGAAACUGGCAAUUGAUGGAACCAUAAUUAUGUCUGAAGAUUUGCGAGAUGCUCUGGAUAACAUGUACGAUGCAAGGAUUCCAAAACUGUGGUAUAAGAUUUCCUGGGACUCAGCCACCUUAGGGUUUUGGUUUACUGAGCUGUUGGAAAGAAAUCAACAGUUCCGAAGCUGGUUAUUUGAAGGCCGACCCAAUCAGUUCUGGAUGACUGGAUUUUUUAAUCCACAAGGAUUUUUGACUGCCAUGAGACAGGAAACAACUCGGAUGAAUCUCUCUAAGGGGUGGGCCCUAGACAGUGUUAUUUUACAUAAUGAUGUCACAAGAAUGAUGAAAGAAGAUGUUAAUGGGCCUCCUCCAGCUGAUAUUGGUGGAGUGUAUGUUUAUGGUCUUUUCCUUGAUGGAGCUGGUUGGGAUCGUAGAAAUGCAAAGCUCACUGAGUCUUCACCAAAGGUGCUGUUCACAAAUCUGCCUGUAGUACACGUGUACGCUGUGAGCACCAUGUCUCCUUCGGACCCCAAGAAAGCACUGGGCAACCUUUAUUCGUGCCCAGUGUAUAAGAAACCUCGGAGAACAGAUCUCACGUAUAUAUUCUCAUUGUAUUUAAGAACCACAUUAGCACCUGACCACUGGACAAUGAGGGGGGUUGCUCUCCUCUGUGACAACAAAUAAAUAAUCAACCAGGAGAGUUCCUAACACUUAUGAAGACUCUAUAUUAUGGGUGGAUUGUACAAAGACUGUUAGGUGGUGGUUAUUAAGGCGACACAUAUGGGUAUCGAGCAGCUGCAAGCCAUUUAUAAUAUGCCAUGUGUUAUGAACAUUUUUUUACAAUCUUGAUGUUCUCCAUGUUACAACUGUGAUAUAUGUUUAACCCAACAUUGAUUGUGAAUACACUGGAAACUGUGUAUCAACUGAAUCACCAUGCAGAUUAUGUUUCAAGAUAACAGCCUUCUAAAAAUACUGACUUAAUUUAAUAUCCUCUGUGGUGGUAAAAUAGAUAAUUUGAUGUGUAAUAGUAAAACCCCCAGAAAUACAUUCUAGUGCCUUAUUAGCAAAUUUAGUAAAUAUCACUAAUGUGAACUAGUGUGAAGGAAGUUUGUCAGGUGCAUAGUCACUAUCCUAUAUAAUAAUAUAGUAUAGCUAUUGAGAACGUUCUGAUACUCUAACUGAAUUAAAAGAAAAUAAAUCCUCUGUGAUUAAGAUAUAAAGCAAAUGGAAAAUGCUAAACAUUGCUCAGUGGGUGAAGUUUUGAGUAGACUUGCCAGAGCUUUUUUUACAUUCUCCUUGUGCAUCACCCCAACAAAAGGUUACUUUAGGCCGGUCUGUAGUCACCAUAUCUUACCCAAUGAUACAUGUUUGCUAUAACCUGUGUAUGCAUUAAGUGUUCUUUUGGAAAAAAAUACUGAUACGUAAAUAAGUAAGCACAUUUAUUAAAUCAUCACAGAAUAUUUUCCAAUGUAAAAAUCCAUUACAUAUAUGUAACACAGGACCCAACGGUAGUACUUUUUAUGAAUUCAUGCAAUCUAGUUGUAGGUUUGCAUUUAUAUCAUGCAGCAAAGCCAAAUUAAAUAAAGCAGUAAAUAAAUAAA